AUGGGUACAAGUUGUUAUAUUCAAGGUCUGAUGGGGGUAAAGAAUGGGGUAGGAUUUCUAGUAGAUGUAAACUUGUACAAAAAUGUGGUAAAGGUGAUACGUCACAACGAUAGGAUCAUGGUGUUGAGAUUAGUACUAGGAGAGGAAGUGGUGACAGUUGUUUGCGCAUAUGCUCCACAAGUGGGUUUAGGGGAUCAAGAGAAAAGAGAUUUUUGGGACUGCCUAGACGGAGUUGUGAGGGCCAUACCUAGGGAAGAAAGAAUUUUCAUAGGAGGCGAUUUUAAUGGACAUAUUGGUAGGCAUAGUGAUGGUUUUAGUGAAGUGCAUGGGGGCUUUGCUUUUGGUGAUAGGAACAACCCUGGUAGGGAUUUGUCAGAGUUUGCGGUGGCCCACAACCUAGGUAUUUUGAAUUCUUUCUUUAAGAAGAAAGAAUCACAGUUGAUUACUUUUAGCAGUUGCGGACGUAACACUCAGAUUGACUAUAUUUUGAUGAGGCUAGGAGAUCGAAGGUGGUGGAGGGACUGCAAGGUUAUACCAGGGGAGGCAGCAGUGACUCAACACCGCUUAUUGGUGGCAGAUAUAGUCAUGAGAGGAAAGCUGACCAAGGGAGAGAGGGUAAUGCGACCUAGGGUUAGAUGA